GCCCAGUCUGCCAGAGACGCUUCCUGCAGCAACUGGUUCGUCCGCCUCGCCGGUGCCGCCGCGGGCUGACGCGUUAAGAAGUGGGGGGACACGCGGCUCUCGGCUGCUCUCACUCCUUCUGGAGGCUUCCACAUCUGGACAGAGAGCUCGUCUUCUCGUCCAUGGCUGCAGACACGGGACAGUCUCAUCAGCAUCCCGCACGGACGGAGUCGGCCGCAGACUCUGCGGUCCAGGAGGCGCAGAAGUGGAUCGAGGCUGUCACAGGAAGAUGUUUUGGUGACAAGGAUUUCCGAGGUGGCCUGCAGAAUGGGAUCCUGCUAUGCGAAUUAUUGAGCUCUAUUAGGCCCGGCACGGUAAAGAAAAUUAACAGACUCCCAACACCCAUAGCUGGCCUGGACAACCUCAGUGUGUUCCUCCGUGGCUGCGAGGAGUUGGGACUGAAGGGCUCGCAGCUGUUCGAUCCAGGAGAUCUGCAAGACGCAUCAACACGUCCCGCUGCCAAGGGAAGUGACGGCAGUCGAAAGCUGAAGAACGUUUUAAUCACCAUCUACUGGCUCGGUCGUGCUGCCAACAGCUGUACCUCCUACAACGGGCCCACGCUGGACCUGAAGGAAUUCGAGGGCUUGCUGUCACAAAUGCGAAAGGAGGCAGAAGUGGCCGACAGCCCUACGUGCAGCAUUCGGGACAGCGGCUACAUCGACUGCUGGGACUCUGAGCGCAGCGACUCGCUCUCUCCUCCACGCCACGGGCGCAAAGAUUCAUUCGACAGCCUGGACUCCUUCAGCUCGCGCUCACGACAGACCCCAUCACCAGACGUCCUGGUCCCCCGCGGCAACAGCGAUGGCCGAGGCAGUGACUCGGAGUCUGACGGCCCCCCGUACAGGAAGGUGCUGGACCUCCAUAAAGACGACAUGUUGGCGCGGCGGACGUCGGUCACCGAGCUGCGCACCGCCAUGCCCUUCAACCAGUACCUGCCCAACAAGAGCAACCAGAGCGGAUAUGUGCCGAUGCCGCUCCGCAAAAAGAGAAACGAUGAGGAGGGAGGACGCAAGAGCUGGAGUACCGCCACUUCACCUGUAGGGGGGGACAGACCCUGCAGGAGUAUGAGUAUGAUUGACAUGCGUGAUGAAGACGAGGCCAUCUUGCAGCCACACAGUCAUGUGCGUCACGAGUUCAUGCACAACCAGUACAACAGAAUAAAAGAGGAGGACAAUCACUGGCAGGAAGACCUGGCCCGAUGGAAGAGCCGCAGGAGGAGCGUCUCUCAGGAUCUGAUUAAAAAGGAGGAGGAGAGGAAGUUGAUGGAGCAUCUAAUAUCAGGAGACGUCUGUACCUCUCAGAGGAGACGAAGCAUCAAGACGUACAGAGAGAUCGUGGAGGACAAGGAGCGCCGUGAGGAGGAGCUGCGGCAGGCGUACAGGAGGGCCAGGACUCCAGAGGAGGCGUCUGCCAUCCUCCAGCGUUACGCUCAGCGUUUCUCCAUCAGUGAGUCAAUCCUGGAGCGCCUGCAGCUGCCCAAGCUCCUUGACCGCAGUAUAUCUGCCGACCCCUCCUUCCCCCUGUCCCUGUCGUCCUCCCCCACCACUCCAGACCCCUUCGACGUGGACCCCAACGGGCCCUUGAAGUAUCUGCGCCAGCAGUCUGCCCCCACUCCAAAGUUCACGUCCACAUUAGAGGCACAGAUCGAAGAGUUUCCCAGAGACUCGUCAUCGCACCACCGGCCUCAGGUUCGCUCUCAUUCCUCUGAGCCUCCGUCCACCCGGGUCCUGUCACCCAAACCCGUGCCUUUGCUGAUGCCCAAGCCUUACUUUCAUCCCCGACCCUCAGCUGAAACAUGGAACAGCAAGGUGGAUGGUUUGCUUCGAGUCAACGGGGACGUUCAAACCGACAAACCUGAGAGUCGAGAAAUGGAGUCCCCUCCCCAUUUCCAGGCGUCUCCUUCAAAUUAUACAAACAGCACUGAAGACGCUCCUCGUUCAGAAGCUUCGGCUGCUCUGAGUCCACACGCCUGCUCUGAACGAGGAAGCCCGGGGUCCGUGAAGGCCGCGGACACAGAGGACGCUUCCGAGGGAAACCAAAGAGAAACGGUCACUGAGCACUUGACACCACCCUGCCGGCCCUCUUCUCUUCCAGUGGUGCUGCAGAAGCCGCAGGAAAGCUUUAAGACUGGAAGUCAAACAGAUGCUGCAGAAGAGGAAGUAAAGUCCAACCCUGCAGCUCAACUGUCGCCCCCUGCAGCCAAACAAGAACAAGAGAGUGAUAACAUUCUCCCCAGCUUUGUCCCAUCAGAAGCCAGCACACUGAAAAAUGAGCCUCGUACCUCCACGGCAGGAGUGUCCUCAGCUCAGGAGAGCAGCACAGAGACGGCUCUGAGCUCAGCAGCACCAAGAACAUCUGGAUGUGAGCCUCCAAAGGAAAGAGCAGAUUUUGAAAUCAGUGUCAGGUCGCCACAGACAUCUAGCAACCCUAAGUCACGCUGGGAAUUCUUCGCUCCGCCAGAAGAUGCAGAGAAGAAUCAUCAUGGGAAUGAGAAGUACGAGCGUGAGCAGGAGAAGCUGAAGGCGGAGUGGGAGGAAGCCCAGAAGGAGGUGGUGGAGGAGGGGAAGAAGUAUCACGAGGAGGAGCGCAGGAUCCUGGAGGAAACCGUCAUGCCUCUGACCCCCCGCUCCUCAGCCCUGCCCUCCCCCAGUCGAGGGGAGCUCUCCUCCAGCUCCGAGCCUCAGUACACGAUUGUCCGUUCGCUGGCUGACUGGGACCGCAAACAGGAGCUGCUGGAAAAGCAGUCUAGAAGAAGCACAGACGGUACGGAGAGGAAACAAAGAGAAAAUGACCGAACCAGCGACAUCAGCACGGCCGACGACAGCGUGAAAACUGGCCGAAGUUUGGUGAGUCAGACCAGCAGCCAGACAGAGAAUCACGGCGUUCACAAUGGCCAAAAGCUUCCUCCACCGACGACCAAAUCUUCAACAGCUCCAGCUAAGAACCACCAAGAGCCUCCAGCUGACAGCAGCCGAACGAGUCGGUCUGCAGGAGAGCGAAGGAGCAGCCCCAUUGAUAAUAACUUAAGAAGCAGCUCAUCAAAGCCCCCCGCAGCAGCACCACCCAGCAGGUCUGUCAGCGGGAAGAAGCUGUGCUCCAGCUGUGGGCAGCCGUUAGGGAAGGGAGCAGCCAUGAUCAUAGAGACCCUCAGCCUCUACUUCCACAUCCACUGCUUCAAGUGUGGCGUGUGUAAGGGACAGUUAGGGGACACAACCACGGGGACAGACGUCCGGAUCAGAAACGGCCUCCUCAACUGCAACCAGUGCUACAUCCGCUCCCGCUCGGCCGGACAGCCGACCACCUUGUGACGUCCGAGUGAAAAGAGCAAGAAGAGACCCCCUCCAUGUUUUAAACCGAUUAUCAUCAAGUCACAUCCUCCGCAGCGUGUUGGGAUCUCUGCUUCCUCUGCAGCUCAGCAACCGUUGAAGAGUCACCACGUGGGAAACAAAUCUGGGGACUGUCAAAAUAAGAUGCUCUGUGUUGAUGUAAUCCGAUAUGUCCGUGAAAUCUGAAUUUUGAUUGGUCCUCGUGCAAACACAAACCGUUUCGUCGUGUAGUGAGAAGGAGACGGUGGUGUCGGCCAUGUUGAAAUGGUGCCCGUGAAAAUGAACACAAACCACAAAGCAAGAGAGAUUCAGUGCACGUUUGAUCCUUCACGGAGAAACUUAGUUUACCUUUCAGCUACAUGCAACAAAACCAUCAGUUUAUUUUUUGUUUUGGAUUUAAGAUGCAAUCUUUGAGUGACAAGAUUCUAAAAAUGGAGGACAAAAAAGCGAUGAUGCAACCAGGUCAUUAAAAAUCAGCACUGCUCAGAUACUAGAUUAAAAACACUCAUAUCUGUAUUUUAGAAAAGGCAAUAAAGGUCAAAAAUAAUUAUUUAGACACUAAAUCUAGAUAAGUGUAUUUCCCCCCCCCCUCAGUCGUCAGUGAACAGAAUAAAAUGAGUGAUAAAGGACGGAGUUCGUUGUGAUGGUAAUAGCUCUUUAGAUGUUUUUGGGUGCCAACAGGUUGUUCUUUACACACAUCAUCUCGGAGCGUGAAGACGUUAAUGUGCCUUAGCAAAGCAGGAAGCGAAGCACGAACCACGUGGUGUUGGAAGUUUUCAGUAUUCUGUUCAACAAAAUCAAAUCCUUUACUGCAGCUCUUCAAACAAAAAAAUGUUUAAUUUCACAAGAAGUAACACAGUUUUGUGUUCUUUUUUCUCUUAGUGGAAGUAGAAGAAAUGUAUUUAAAAAAACGCUUUUGUCCUUUUGAAGCAAACCCUCAGUACACGAUGUGCGCUCCGUUCUGCAGGGGAAACGUGGGUUUUAUUUCCAUCAGCUUUACGCUCAUCUUGAAGUUAUUUUGAUCACGUCUCUGUAAAAAUCAUUUAUAUAUUUGAAAAUAUUCUAAAACUCACCGGUAAAUGUUAAACCUGUCCUCAGCAGGGGUACCAGCAGCAGCUGCAACACGUGGCUGGAUGAAAACUGCAGGUCUGUUUUACCCGCUGCACAUUUUAAAUUACCUGCUUACAUUUU